AUGGCUACCAGCUACCAAGAAUACAUUGCGCCUCAAGGAACUCUGGUGAAGCCUUACUCCUGGUUACAGUCCACCGAAGGCUGCCGAAAGUGUCCGUAUCACAUCAAAACCGGGGAAGAAGCGCGCGUCAGCUUCUUGGAAUUCUACGAGACGUUCGGGUUCCCCUACGGUCAACCGCAGUCCAGCCGGCACUUUCUGUUCUACGAACUUAAGUUAACGACUGGGACAUUUGUGCAGAAAGGGCAAGUAACCAACUGCACCUCCCACCAGCUUCAUCCAGAGUCGAUGCUCUUCAACACUGACGGGUAUCUGGAUUCGCUCAUGUAUUCCUAUGGUAACGUCGCCUACAUUACUCUGUAUACCAAUUACACCCCAUGCAAUGAAUCAACGCACCAAUGCGUAAGCAAAAUGUACGAUUUCUUGCUAAACUACCCCAGCACUCGGCUGGACAUUUACUUUUCUCAGCUCUACCACACGGAUGAGGGCUUUCCUGAAGCUGGAUGGAAUCGACAAGCGUUGCACAGUUUGGCCGCCCUCUGGCCCAGGGUGACCAUCAGUCCCAUCUGCAGUGGGAUAUGGGCUGUUCUUGCACACAGGUUUGUGAACGGGAUACCUCCUAUACACUGUGGUUCAGUUUUGCCCGCGAGGGCGUCUGCAGACUGCCACAAUGCCCGUCAGAUAGCCGCCAUCACCGGAGUUAACCCUUCAUAUGCGGAUGCAUUUCCCCAAGGAAAACCUGUCAAUUUGGCUCCUGUUCCAAAACCACCACCUUUGCCUCCAGUUUCGAAUGUGGGAUUGAUGGCUAUGCAACAACAGUAUGCAGGCUUCCUGAACGCAAUGAUGGCGCCUUGGUCAAUGAAGCCAAACCCACCACAGGCUGGGAAACGGAAGAAUGUCGUGAGACAUCUCAACAUGCCCAGGCUGUCUGAACGGAAACCUCCAGCCUCACCAACCCCAGGCAACAGACGCCCAGUGGAAGUGAACGUUUUUGAGAUUCCUACAAAGAGAAAUUCAGCUGACUCGAAGAAAUACAGGACGAGAGGAAAAAAGCAAAUGUUUUCAAGUCGAGCAUAG